AGCCACACUUCAACACUUGCCCUUACACACACAGAAAAAAAAAAUAUUGUUUCUUUUUCUUUUUUUAAAACACAUAUAUCAAAAAAAAAAUGACCUUUCAAAUUGAAAACUUUCCUAGUGUCAUCCUUGAAGAAUUAGCCUUUAUCUUGGAACCCCAAGAUUUACUUGAACUUUCUAAAUGUUCAAAGUCGCUUUAUCAAAUAUUUAUGAGCAAUGGUAUCUGGAAAAGUAAAACAACACUUGACUUUGGAGAUCUGUUUCAAAUUUAUACCAUCAUCACCACUGCCACUGGGUUCUCACUCGAUCCUGCAUUAGCCGAGAAAUUCAGCCAAGAGCCAACUGAUUGGCGUCGAUACUACAUUCAAAAGAACAAGACCAUUUCAGAAGACGAUACAGCUUUAAUGGAUCAAGCCGAUACUGAAUAUGCCAACGCACAAGCUCAUUUAGAAACUUUUCAACAAGAAGGCAAUGUUCAAAUCCUGGUUCAAGUGGCCUCGAAAAUGUUGUGGAUUUUGGAUGUCUUUCCCGGUCAUGCCGGAUGUUAUUAUAUCUUGGGUUUUAUCUUGUUUGUACUUAAUAAGUUGGAAGAAGCUACAAUUUUAUUGCAAAUGGGGCGUGCUGUGGAUCCUAGCUUUGAACCUAUUGAUGCUUUGGAAGAAGAAAUUGAGCGUAUUGCUGAUGGAUAUAAAGGCGAAGAAGAACUUUUAGUGGACAACCAAAUAUCACCUGCAUUACACCAAGUCCUCGUGGAAGUCUUUAACAGAUUUGAUGUGGAUAGAGACGGAGCGUUAAAUAACAAGGAAUUAGAUCAGUUUAUCUUUACUACAAAUGGUGUACAUCCACCACCCGCCUUUUUACGUCAAAUGGGUUUACGAUUUGGAGCUAAUAAGAAGGGAUGGUUAUCACAAGAAGGUUUCUUGGCUUUUUAUUUAGAACAAACAUUAGAUGAUCCCUCAGAGACUAGAAAUGAUUUAGGUGUUCAUGGAUAUGAUCCUCAAACCCUCAGACAGAAGAUGGAAGAAUAAAAAAAAAAUUAUUAUUAUUAUAAUAAUAGUGGCAUA